UUGGUGCUAUGGAUUUAUUCAAUCAGCUGGCGGUUUGAAUUGUCAAAAACACACAAACCAACUUUGAAAUAACUUUACAAAACUAUGACUCUAUCUACUACAAAAUUUUGAAUGUAAAUGCAAUACUUUAUGUUAGUUGAAAAGCAUGUUAUAAUAAACGUAAAUACGUUCAGUUCUUGGAAGUGAGCAAAAUUUAAAAAAUGCACAGUACAUAAAAACUUAAAAUGCAGAACCAAAUGAGAUUUAACCUGGAUAUUCCACUCGCUGCCUCUAAUAUUGCUGCAAGGUAUCACAAACCCAGUCCUAUAAUAGUGGAGCGAGGAGGUGGAAUAAGCAGAGUGCGGGAGUUCAAUGGACCAGUCAUACAUGAGGGAAGGCAAUCUGCUCACUCAUCUAUUACUGAAGAUCGUAUGGCAUUGGCUGUUAGACUAGCAAAGAGAGAUUUUAAAAAGCAAAAGGAACAACCAUCCCGAGCACGCACACCUUCCCCGAAGGCAUCAGGGUCAAAGGUUACAAAAGGAGGUACACAGAUUGUGUAUACACGUGCAGCACAAGAGCGGGCACAGCGCCUGGAGAAGAAGAGAGCUGAUAGAAACCAUCUGAAGGUGCGGGAGCAGGGCUGGAAUGCAGGAAUUGCCACCACCAGGAGUCACACCCCACCACGCAGCAGUCAAACUAACCUGCCAGCCACUACAAAUUCCCCACCUACACGUGACACCGACCGGUACCCAGUUUCCAGGGGGAUACCAUCUGAAGACCCAAAUGCUGAGAUAGCUCGCCUACAGAGGGAGAUGGAGGGCUAUCUGCAACACAUUCAAGUCAUUGAACAGAAGGCAAUGAUAGACGACACAUCAGCUCAGCCCCCUAAAACCCGGAAGAAGGAUGGUUACCUAAGUGACGAAGAGGACCCAGCGCGUAGAGCAGUCCGGCAGGAGGAGCAGGCAACCAGGAGUGCCCGGCAGAUCUACAAUCUCAGACAGCAGGUGCGAGCACUGCAAGACCAGAUUACAUCUCGGGGCAACGUCAAACACACUAAAAAGAGCCAGAUCAUGUUACGUCUUGCUGCCGCCCAUCGUGGAGCAGUGAGAGCCAUCCAGGGUUUUGUAACCCAGCAGCUGCCCCUACAGGACCUUCGUAGGGGUCUCCCAGAAGGGUACCAGGAAUUGUCCCUGCUCAUCAGGCAGCUGGCCAUGCUGAGUACUCAGAUCCGCACAGAGAAGGACCAGAGCUCAGUGCAGGCUGACCUGGUACAAAUGCUGGACAGAGUGGAGGAAUUGAAUAAAGCCUGGUGUGCAGAGAGAGUGGCUGGUGAAGAAGAAGAAGAGAGGAGACGAAAAUCUCCACUUGGGGGGCAGCAAAAACCAGCCAUAAAUGCUCCUCAAGUGCAACGGCAAAACAUUCAGACCAAACGCAACUUUGGCAAAGAAAAUAAACCUAAAGGUAAUGGUUUACUAAAGAAGCACUUUUUCAAGGCAAACAAAGGCGCGCAUAGAUCACAGAGAAAGGUAACCCCAGAGAGACAACAGGUGCUCCAGGCUGGUAUCCAGGCACUGCUCCGCGACAACGCCCUCCCCAAGCGACCACCUGCUGUUGCCUGGGACAUCACUGCGGACGAUAGUGCUGUGUCUGAGCCUGCCAACACCAGCUUGAUCCUGCCCAAAGGACUGCAAUACAAACGUGAGCGUGCACUGAAGUCUGUAGCCUUAGAUGUGCUGGAUUCUCACUUUGCAGAUCCCACCCUGUCCUCUAGUCAGAAAGCAGUACAGCAGACAGAAGAAUAUCCCAGGCGUGAGCCAUGGAAACCUGGAGGGAGUGCCUCUAACAAGUCUCCAUCAAGAAACCGGUCUAGACAAAGAAGUAGCUCUCGAGAUGGAAACCAGUCUAGACCAAGGAGUCUAUCACGAGACGGGAACAAGGCAAAGGAAAGAAGCAGGUCUAUGAGUCCCAAGUCCAAACACAGAGCCUUUCUAGUACAAGACAUGGACACAGAGCUUAUGCAGGAACUGUUUCCAGAAGGUGUUGACGGCCAAAGGUCAAGAGGGAGGUCAGCGAGUCCAAGGUCACAGAGGCAGAGUCCCACAAGGUCACCUGCCACUAGAUCAAGAUAUGACGGUCACAGAUUGCAGUCAAGGCUAGAACGACUGCAGAGAAAUGUCAAGGAUGCUACAAUGGUCAAGGAACGUGAUGUGGAGGUUUCCCAAAUAAAUAUGAGGCAACUGCUUGCUGAACAAGCUGUCCAAAAGGGGGAGUUGAAUGGUGAGAUGCUGACGGAGAUGCUGCUCAAUGACCUGCUGUAUGACACGGCCUCUGAGCUGCAGUCCCUGGAGGAGGGGGAGGGGGCUGGGCUGGAGGCUGCAGCUCUGCAGAACAACCCCACCUUGGAGAACAUGUACCAGCGCCUGGAGCAGAUGGAACUAGAGCAGUUAAACAUCAGACAAAGAUGGGGAACUAUUCAUUUUGAAGAUGAGCGUUCCUCCCAUGUAAGGACCAGGCAGAUGGAGCGACCACAGGGUCUCGUAGCCAUGGAGAUUACCAGGCGUGCCCCUUCCCAGUCAGUAGGGGCACAGUCAAGCAGAGCCUUUGAUAAGCCAACAGAUGGUCCAAUUGUCUUCACUAAGUCAGCGCCACCUGUCACCUACCAGCACAUAUCCAAACCCUUGGAGACAGGCGAAGAUUCUGAAGUCUACAAUUCUGCUGCCCUUGCAAACCCCAGAUUUCAAUAUAAGAUGAAACUGAAGAUUUCGGAAGCCACUGUGAAGAGCAUACAUAGCAACCUGGAAAAAUAUGAGAGGAACCUGAAAAAGAACUCGCAUCAGUUGCAGGGGAACUUUGACCCUUGGAGACUGGUUGAAGAAGUAUCUGAUCAAAUAUUAUCAGAGUGCCUUAAAGAAAUAGAGCAUGAGUUGGAUGACAUUGGGGAGAACAUAGUUCACCAGGUCUGCAAGUCAGAGUUUGCCAUUCCUGAAUCCAGCCAUGUCCCUCCCUCACGCACAUACCCACAACCCUCAGUACAAGACAGUCAGUAUGAAGCAGAGGAUGAGGUUGUAGAAGAAGACAUAGACAAAGUGUACUCAGAAAGUGGAGCCAAUAUUUACCAGAUAGGGGAUAUACAGGAUUUAGUUGCUAACGUCAGAGCAAGUGAUGACAGAUCGUUGCCUCACAGCAGAAAGGAAGACUCCCAGCUCAAAUCAAGUGAAAAACCUUCUAAGAAAGAAGUAACCUUUGACCAAGAGGUCACUUAUGACCAGGAAAGUGACUAUGAGGAUGAUGAUGAGGAGGGUAGUUUUAACCGAGGUGUUGUGUUUGACGCUGCUGAGCUGGACGCAGUGAUGGAUGAUGGUGGGCCACAGGACAGUGCCCGCAGUGUAGAGGAACAGUAUGAGGAGGAGGAGUAUGAAGAGGAUGAUGAUGAGGAUGAUGAUGAGGAGGAGGAGGAUGAGGAUGUGGAACAGGUGUCCCUUAUUGACAGUGACGACCUGCAGUACUCUACUGAUGAAGCUUGAGUUUGUCAGAGCUUGCUUCACUUGAGCUCACAUCUUGGAAGGGUGACAUGUUGUGGUCAGCCACAAUCCAUCAUCAUCCUAACUUACGUCUAUAAACUAAUUUGUAUAUGACAAUGCUUGACAUAUUAAUUUAUUAAACAACAUUUGAAUGUAGAAUAGUCCUGAGAUAGUCUUUUUAUUAGAAACAACUUGAUUGACUUCAAAAAACAUUCAAACCAAACAGACAUUUUACUGUUUUUGACAGCCUUAAGUUUAUUUUGCUAUGUUAAAACCUGUUUGCCAGAUUUUCAGCUUCAAUUACCCUGUCAGAAGAGUCAUUCAGUGAUCAGUUGUUGAAUAAUUAUAGUUAAUCAGAGAAAUUAUAUUCUGAAAUACCAUGCCUUGUAGAGGAUUUGAUGUUACUUUUGUUUCACUUUAGACAGGUUCUUAAACGAAUCGAAAAAUUAAGGUAUGAUUCAUUUUUUAUUGAACUAUGAGUUACAUUUUAUAAUUUGUAUGCAUUGUAUAUUUUAAAAUCUUACUUUUUGCUUUAUAUUCUUAUCACCCUAAGGCAAAUACAAAUUCAAUCAUCUGUUGUUAUGUUUUACACACAUUAAAUAAGUUGUUUUGAUGAAACUGGAUAGAAGCAUUUAAUCAAGUAUAUAUUCAUUACUUUCACUCACAGUUGAAUGAUAUUAUUAUUGUCCCCUAACGGUUUCACCGGAGGGGACUUAUGGUUUGCGCUCUGUCUGUCUGUCAGUCAGUCACACUUUUCUGGAUCCUGCGAUAACUUUUAAAGUUCUUAAUAUUUUUACAUGAAACUUGAAACAUGGAUAGAUGGCAAUAUGGACAUUAUGCACGUCAUUUCAUGUUGUUCCUACGUCAAAAAUUCUGGUUGCUGUGGCAACGGUUUAAAAAAAAUCUGACAAUGGUGGAAUUUCUGACAAUGGUGGAGCCGGUAGCGGACUUUAUUGCUUGGCAAUAGUCUUGUUAUUAUUAUUCAUUGCAACGACUGUUUAUUCCUGAAAAUUAUUUUAGAUUUAUCUGUUAAAGAACGACCUUAAAGAAUAGAAAGUGUUUGUUGUAUAAGACUGAAAACAGUAUUUGUUCUUUGUUAAAAUUCAAACAAUGUUGCUUAGGAAUGUCAUUAUGCUAACUUUUAAAAACUAGUAUGUCUUUUAUUUGGGCGAACAAAAUCCCUGUGACUGUUUUUGUGUGCGCAUAAUUCUGUAUUAGUUGUUCAUAUUUAUUACAUUAUAUUUAUAUAUUUUACUGUCUGUGAUAAAUAAAAUGAAUAUAAAACAUUUA